AUGACGGGGAAAAUGACCCUAUAUAAAUUGGUGGUGCUGGGAGAUGGUGGUGUCGGGAAAACGGCUUUGACCAUUCAGUUGUGCCUGAACCAUUUUGUUGAAACCUACGAUCCUACCAUUGAAGACUCUUAUCGGAAACAAGUCAUGAUAGACCAACAGGCUUGUAUGCUCGAAGUUCUCGAUACUGCUGGACAGGAAGAAUAUACUGCUCUCCGCGACCAAUGGAUCCGGGACGGUGAAGGGUUUAUCCUUGUCUACAGCAUCACGUCGAGAAAUUCUUUCAGCAGGAUCCAAAAGUUCUAUUCCCAGGUGCAACGAGUCAAGGAAUCUGGCCAUCCCAAUUCGCCCACCGGGGCAAAUUAUCUCCAGUCUCAAAUGUCCGGACAAUCCACGUACAAUGGCCCUCCCAUCAUUAUGUUGGUUGGCAAUAAGAGCGAUCAACACCAUGAACGCGAGGUUCCUUUCCAAGAAGGUCAAGCACUGGCCAAAGAUUUGGGAUGCGAGUUUGUUGAGGCAUCGGCCAAAAAUUGCAUCAACGUGGAAAAGGCCUUCUACGAUGUUGUGAGACAGCUGAGAAGACAGCGACAAUCACCCAUGAAAGCCAUUGACCGGAAAGGCACAAACUAUAUGUCACAGCCUAGUCCACGCAACAACUUUGAUUCGGAUCAUCAGCGGAUAUACCGUGAUCACACCAAAAAGCGCAGCACCAAGUGUGUUAUUUUAUGA